AUGUCGAUGCGAUUGAAAACCCUCGAUGGAGUGGCUUUGGUGACAGGCGCAGGUUCCGGGAUUGGCCGUCAGAUAUGCAUUGCCUACGCCCAAGCAGGAUGCAGGGCCAUUGCACUGGCCGAUAUCACGACCGAGGGGAUGAACGCCACCAUCUCGUUGAUCAAAGCUCAAGGAUAUCAGGUGCAAACCCUGGCAUUAAAGACAAACGUCACGGAUGUCGAUUCUGUGCGAAAUCUGAUUUUGGAGACCACAAGGGCAUUUGGAGGCAUAGAUUAUGCCGCCAACGUUGCCGGAAUCACAACCGCCGCUCGAGUUCCGACCGCCCAGUAUCCGCACGAGGAGUAUGAUAAGGUUUUGGAGAUAAACACAAAGGGUGUCAUGGUUUGCAUGCAGGAACAGAUUCAAGUGAUGCAGAAGCAGAACGCCACCUGUACGCCGGGAUUCGACAACCCACUGCGAGCACAGAGAGGAAGCAUUGUCAAUAUCGCCUCUGUGACUGGCUUUGCUGCCUUGCAAAACAUGAUGCCAUAUGUCGUUUCGAAACAUGCCGUUGUAGGUCUCACCAAAUCCGCAGCGGUUGACCAUGCCCGGGAGGAGAUCCGUAUCAACGCCGUGUGUCCGGGGAUGACUGAGACGCCCAUGGUUGCAGCGAGGCAGGCUUCUGUGACGCCGGGAAAAAGGGGGUGGGCAGUGGAAGGGAACGGAAGGCAGAGACUUGCCAUCCCCGAGGAAAUUGCAGAUGUAUGCAUAUUCUUGAGCGGGUGUGGUGCCAGCUACAUGACUGGGUCAACGGUCACCGUCGAUGCAGGGCAUUUGGCGGCUUUGCGGUAUGAGGGAAGCUUGUCUUAG